CAUCUCCGGCAUGUUCUGCAGUAAAUCGACGACAGUUCGUCAAUGUGAUUGCACUGUAUCGUCGCUGAAACUCGUUGCGAGUUAAUUAAACGUUAAACGUUAAACGUCACCGCAUUCAACGUCGACGACGCGACGGCAGUAUCAGCAGCCAGAGUAAAGUAACAGUGAUGAGAAUGGGAGUGGAACGGAUACGAAGAUAAGGAUGACGAUCGACGCCGGAUAUUAUCCGAGCUUUAAUUUUAAUAGCCGGAGUAAAACGUCAUUGAUCGCCGAUUAGGGACGAUCAAGAAUCGCAUGCAGCUACAGGCCUCGCGUAAUUAGGGAAGAACAAACAUGGCGGAAACAUCGGUCGAGCCUUAUCCACUUCACAAAUCUAUUUUUCACGGAGACGUCAAGGAGCUGAGCUACCUCAUAAGGACUCACGAUAUCGCCGAAAAGGACAAGCAAGGAAAUACUCCGCUGCAUCUGGCUGUUAUGUUAGGAAGAAAAGAAUGUGUUCAAUUACUACUUGCACACGGAGCUCCGGUUAAAGUGAAAAACCUUGCUGGAUGGAGUCCUCUUGCCGAAGCUAUUAGCUAUGGAGAUAGACAAACUAUAUCAUUGGUCGUUAGGAAAUUGAAACAACAAGUAAGAGAACAAAUGGAGGAGAGAAGACCAAAUCUAGUUGAAGCACUUAGGCAAAUGGGAGACUUCUACAUGGAACUUAAAUGGGAUUUCCAAAGUUGGGUUCCCCUAGUAUCCAGAAUACUUCCGUCUGACAUUUGUAAGAUACAUAAAUCAGGGGCGUCGAUUCGCAUGGACACAACGUUUGUUGAUUUCAACGACAUGAGAUGGGAGAGAGGCGACAUUUCGUUCAUAUUCAACGGCGAUCAAAAGCCGAGUAAAUCUCUCACUGUUUUAGACAACAAAGCGAAACUCUAUCAGCGAGUGAGAUACGAGGAAACUGACGACGAGAUAGAGGACGAAGUGGAUAUUUUAAUGUCAAGUGAUAUUAUGGCCGUCCAAAUGUCGACUAAAGGAAUUUCGUUCUCUCGUGCUCAAACUGGAUGGAUCUUUCGAGAAGAUAAAAGAGAAAUGGUGGGACCAUUUCACGCUGAUUUUUAUCAAAUCAACGGCAUGGUGCUGGAGAGCAGGAAGAGGCGAGAACAUUUGAGCGAGGAAGAUCUUCAGAAAAAUAAAGCAAUUAUGGAAUCGCUAACCAAAGGCAGUUUUCAGGGCUUCCCGAACGGUGAGCCGCCAGCUAGAAGACCGUCGCUGAAUCCGCCUUCAGAGCCUCAUGUUAGUUGGGAAGAGUACUCGACGGCGUUACCUGGUCAAUGUCCAACGCUGGGUCGAACGCUCGCCUAUAAAGAAAGUAGUAAAUCGUUCAAAGCGACAGUUGCAAUGAGUCCGGAUUUUCCAUUGACCGUCGACAUGCUGCUCGACGUUCUAGAAGUUAUCGCCACUUUCAAGCAUUUUAGUAAACUCAGACAAUUUGUACUGAUGAAGUUACCGCCGGGAUUUCCUGUCAAGAUUGAUAUUCCCAUACUGCCCACAGUGACUGCAAAAAUUACAUUUCAAGAAUUUGUAUUCAGAAACGACAUUCAACCUGAAUUAUUUCAAGUUCCGUCGGAUUACUUCGAAGACCCCAUGAGGGGCUAUGGAGCGUAUUUGUCGAUGAUGAUGAUUCUGCACACAGCGUCCUGUGUCUGAAGGUUUCCAGAUUUAUGACGCCUUGACAUCUCAGCUGUAUUCGAGAUGAAUUACUGGACGAGUUUGGAGCUAGACUCCGAACUAGUAGAUCCUUUAGGAGCAAACUUCGACGAUAGAUGUUUCGUUCACCUUGUGGUGUUUAUCGAUUAAUCGACGACUGUCCGAGCGCAGGAGAAAUUUAGUCACACAAACGGAUAUCGGACUGUUGAUUAUUAUCGUCAUUUGAGAGAUUAACAUACGCGAGAAUUCUUGUCAAAACAGAAGUAACUAAUGUACAAAUAUCGUUUGCUCUUUUGCAUCUCGCGGACGAGAAGAUUUUUUCUUCUUGUUU